UAAACCUCUCGACCGGCAUUUUCACCAGUCUAUGUGGAAAUCUGUUAAGGAAAAACGAGUGUAGUUAAAUAUCUCCGUGAAUUUUAUUCUGUGAGUUCUUAAGUUAUUCCUUACGUGGCUGGAUUUCAACUUUCUGCAAUUAAUUAUCUUCUUCUUAUAAGGUUAAGUGAUGAAGACUAUUACGAGAUUAGCAGCUUUAUCGCUGCUGGUGGCUACUUUGGUAUCUUCGAAGGCAGAUGACAAAAGCAAAGACAAAGAUAGUGUUGGUACUGUCAUUGGAAUUGAUUUAGGCACAACUUAUUCAUGUGUUGGAGUUUUCAAGAAUGGUAGGGUUGAAAUCAUAGCUAAUGAUCAAGGUAAUCGAAUCACACCCUCCUAUGUUGCUUUUACGGCAGAAGGAGAAAGGCUGAUUGGAGAUGCUGCAAAAAAUCAAUUGACAUCUAAUCCUGAAAAUACUGUUUUUGAUGCUAAGCGUCUUAUAGGCAGAGAAUGGACUGAUCCCACUGUACAGAAAGAUAUAAAAUAUUUUCCAUUCAAGGUUGUUGAAAAAAAUAGCAAGCCUCAUAUAAAGGUAGAUACUAAAGAUGGUGUAAAAGUAUUUGCUCCAGAAGAAAUUUCUGCUAUGGUUCUAUCGAAGAUGAAAGAAACUGCUGAGGCUUACCUUGGCAAAAAGAUCCAAAAUGCUGUUGUGACAGUUCCUGCCUAUUUCAAUGAUGCUCAAAGGCAAGCUACCAAAGAUGCUGGCACCAUUGCUGGCCUAAAUGUGAUGAGGAUUAUCAAUGAGCCUACCGCUGCUGCUAUUGCCUAUGGGUUAGACAAAAAGGAAGGAGAGAAAAAUAUAUUGGUUUUUGAUCUUGGUGGUGGCACAUUUGAUGUCUCCCUGCUGACUAUCGAUAAUGGGGUUUUUGAAGUUGUGGCCACUAAUGGAGACACUCACUUGGGUGGAGAAGAUUUCGAUCAGAGAGUAAUGGAACAUUUUAUUAAAAUCUACAAAAAGAAAACUGGUAAUGACAUUAGGAGUGAUAACAGAGCUGUGCAAAAACUUAGACGUGAGGUAGAAAAGGCAAAGAGAACAUUAUCCACUGCUCAUCAAGCCAGAAUUGAAAUUGAAUCAUUUUAUCAAGGAGAAGAUUUCAGCGAGACUCUUACGCGGGCUAAAUUUGAAGAACUGAAUAUGGAUUUGUUCAAGUCUACCAUGAAACCAGUUCAGAAAGUUCUUGAAGAUGGUGACAUGCAGAAGAAAGAUAUUCAUGAAAUUGUUCUUGUGGGAGGAUCUACAAGAAUUCCCAAAAUUCAACAGCUUGUUAAAGAAUUCUUCAACGGAAAAGAGCCAACUAGGGGUAUUAAUCCUGAUGAAGCUGUAGCUUAUGGCGCAGCUGUACAGGCUGGUGUCUUAAGUGGAGAUGAAGAUACUGGGGAAUUGGUUCUUCUGGAUGUUAAUCCUUUGACUAUGGGUAUUGAAACAGUUGGUGGUGUUAUGACCAAACUCAUUCCUAGGAAUUCGGUUAUCCCAACCAAAAAGUCCCAAAUAUUCUCUACUGCAUCAGACAACCAAAAUACAGUUACAAUCAAGGUUUAUGAAGGUGAAAGGCCUAUGACAAAGGAUAAUCACAUUUUGGGUUCUUUUGAUCUUACCGGAAUUCCUCCUGCUCCUCGAGGUGUACCUCAAAUUGAAGUGACAUUUGAAAUAGAUGUCAAUGGGAUCCUUAAAGUCACUGCCGAAGACAAAGGUACCGGCAAUAAGGAAAAAAUCACAAUUACCAACGAUCAAAACAGGUUGACACCAGACGACAUUGAAAAAAUGAUUCGUGAUGCAGAGCAGUUUGCCGAAGAUGACAAGAAAAUAAAAGAAAAAGUUGAAGCCAGAAAUGAGCUUGAAUCAUACGUGUAUACCCUGAAGAACCAGAUAAAUGAUAAAGAAAAAAUGGGCAGCAAAUUGAGUGAUUCUGACAAGGAAAAGAUCGAAGAGGCUCUAGAUGAAAAGAUAAAGUGGCUAGAAAGCAACCCAGAUGCUGACGCUGAAGAGUACAAAUCUCAGAAGAAAGAAAUCGAGGACAUUGUAACUCCCAUCGUUUCGAAACUCUACGGUGAUGCUGGCCAUCCUCCACCUCCUUCUGGUGAUGAAGACUUAAAAGAUGAACUAUAAUUAAUUAAUUUUAUAGUUGCUAAAGCCUUUUUUCGACUUCUGUGAAGGAACUUUUUUCUAAUCGGAUGGAGUUGUACGAUACUGUAUUUACUUGUGAUAUGCAAGAGGGAUUCAUGUCAUCUGAUUGAACAUUUGUACAUAAUUUUCACAGCUCUAUUUAUACAUUUGUUUUCAUAUUAGUAUUUAAAUAAAUUUUUCUUGUACAGGUU